GAAAACAAACACAGCUCUCUCACUUUCUAUGGUUUUUCAUCUCAAAAUACGAAAAUAGAUCAGUUUUUGAGAAAGAUAUAUCAAAAUAUAUAUAUGAAAAGAAAAAAAAUUAGAGUCUCUAGCAACAACAUGUUGUCGAUAAGACGUAUCUAUCGAUGCCUGUUCUGGUAAAAAGAUCAAGUCCUACCUUCAUAUGAUCCAUCACAAGACCACAACACGAAGUCUCUCUUUCUCUAGCUUUAAUUGUUACAAUCAAGAAUCAAGAAUGGUACGGACACCGUGUUGCAGAGCAGAAGGGUUGAAGAAAGGAGCAUGGACUCAAGAAGAAGACCAUAAGCUCAUUACCUACAUCCAACGUCACGGUGAAGGAGGUUGGCGAACCCUUCCCGACAAAGCUGGACUCAAAAGAUGUGGCAAAAGCUGCAGACUAAGAUGGGCCAAUUACCUUCGACCUGACAUUAAGCGUGGUGAGUUUAGCCAAGAAGAGGAAGACUCCAUCAUUAAACUCCAUGCCAUUCAUGGAAACAAAUGGUCGGCGAUAGCUCGUAGGCUACCAGGACGUACAGACAACGAGAUCAAGAACCACUGGAAUACUCACAUCAAGAAACGUCUAGUCAAGAAAGGUAUCGAUCCAUUGACCCACAAAUCACUUAAUGGUAAAUCAUCUGAUCAUCAGGAUGAUGAUGAUCAGAAGUCAAACAAGAAUAAUGCGUUAGGAUCAUUAUCUGCUCGGUUCUUGAACAGAGUAGCAACCGGGUUUGGUAAGAGAAUCAGCCAUAGUGUUCUGUCUGAUAUUAUUAGAAGUGGUGGCACAUUUACUAGUCACACUACUCCUACUACAAGUGCUUCUGAAUGUGAGAAGUCAUCGAGUUCUUCCUCCACACCAAACUCUUCGAAUCUCCUCAUUGAUCAAGUGUCCAUGGUCCUCGAUGCAACAUCUUUGUCCUCGUCAACGUUCUCCAGCGACACCCCUGACCCCUUGAUGUACGACCAUAUCUUUGAUGACUUAGAAGACAUGACUGCAUUUUCUUCAAGAUUUUUGAAUGAUGUUGUAUCUCAUGAUGAUGAAGAUUUCUUUAUGUUGGAUGAAUCUUGUUUGGAGAAUACUUCGUACAUGAGGGAACUUACAAUGAUUCUUCAAGAGGAUAAAGUUGAGACGGCGGGGUUUGAUGAUAGUUAUGUGACACCUAUCAGUGAAGUUGAUGUCUCCUUUAAAGGGAUUGACAAUUAUUUUGGAUAAAGUAAACAUAAAUUCAAGAGUAUUAUACAUUUAUAAUGAUGAUGAUGAUGAAAUUUUGGCAAGUUGAAAUCAC